CACACACACACACACACACACACACACACACACACACACACACACACACACACACACACACACACACACACACACACACACACACACACUGCGUGACCAACUGUGACCAUGUAUCAAGAGCUUUCGUGACUACUUUCAGUCCUACUUGUUGAUUCGCUUCAGCGCGAGAAGGGCAGCUCCGGGGGACAGUGGAGGGGGUUUGGGAGUGUGUGUAGUGAAACAUGCUCCUGGCUCGUCAGUGCGCCUGCAGCAUCCUGUUAGCAGAAUGACGGACCUGGACCUGCGAGAAGUUUGAGCGCGUCUACUCCCAGGAUGUAACGGGAUAUGCGUUGAAUCAUCGGAAUAUACAGGGCAAGUUCAAACCAAAGCAUAAGCGGGACCAUGGAUGUGGUCCUCCUUGGGCCGAUGCCGCUGUGACCCAAAGAGACCACCCUAUCUUAACUCAAGUGCUCCGAUUUGCCCCGUCCUGAGAGGAGAAGAUGAGUGACGCGGGUCCGCGGGGGGACGCCUCCAGCACCGCGUCGCUGCCGCCGGCCGCCGUGUCCGACAUCGUCCGCAGCAAGACCCUCUUCCGUCGGGUGCGGCUCAACGUGGGGGGUCUCCUCCACGAGGUGCUGUGGCGGACCCUGGACCGGCUGCCCCGCACGCGGCUGGGCAAGCUGCGGGACUGCGACAGCCACGACGCGGUGCUGGAGGUGUGCGACGACUACAGCCUGGGCGACAACGAGUACUUCUUCGACCGCCACCCUGGCGCCUUCACCUCCAUCCUCAACUUCUACCGCACGGGCAAGCUCCACAUGAUGGAGGAGAUGUGCGCGCUGUCCUUCAGCCAGGAGCUGGACUACUGGGGCGUCGACGAGAUCUACCUGGAGUCCUGCUGCCAGGCGCGCUACCACCAGAAGAAGGAGCAGAUGAACGAGGAGCUGAAGCGCGAGGCGGAGACCAUGAGGGAGCGCGAGGGCGAGGACUUUGACACCACCUGCUGCUCAGAAAAGAGGAGGAAGCUCUGGGACCUGCUGGAGAAGCCCAGCUCGUCGUUCGCAGCAAAGAUCCUGGCCAUCAUCUCCAUCCUCUUCAUCAUCCUAUCCACCAUCGCCUUGUCUCUGAACACCCUCCCGGAGCUCCAGGACACCGAUGAGUUUGGCCAGGUCAUCGACAACCCCCAGCUGGCCCACGUGGAGGCGGCGUGCAUCGCCUGGUUCACCAUGGAGUACCUGCUCCGCUUCCUCUCCUCGCCCAGCAAGUGGAAGUUCUUCAAGGGCCCGCUGAACGUCAUCGACCUGCUGGCCAUCCUGCCCUACUACGUCACCCUCUUCCUCACCGAGUCCAACAAGAGCGUGCUGCAGUUCCAGAAUGUCCGGCGGGUGGUGCAGAUCUUCCGCAUCAUGCGGAUCCUGCGCAUCCUGAAGCUGGCCCGGCACUCCACUGGCCUGCAGUCUCUGGGCUUCACCCUGAGGAGGAGCUACAACGAGCUGGGUCUGCUCAUCCUCUUCCUGGCCAUGGGCAUCAUGAUCUUCUCCAGUCUCGUCUUCUUCGCCGAGAAGGAUGAGGACGACACCAAGUUCAAAAGCAUUCCGGCGUCUUUCUGGUGGGCCACCAUUACUAUGACCACCGUGGGUUACGGAGACAUCUACCCCAAAACCCUCCUGGGGAAGAUAGUGGGGGGUCUGUGUUGUAUAGCAGGAGUACUGGUGAUAGCCCUGCCCAUUCCUAUCAUUGUAAAUAACUUCUCAGAGUUUUAUAAGGAACAGAAGAGGCAAGAGAAGGCCAUCAAAAGGAGAGAGGCCUUGGAGAGAGCCAAGAGAAAUGGCAGCAUUGUCUCUAUGAACAUAAAAGAGGCUCUAGCCCAGAGCAUGGAACUCAUGGAUGUAACGGUGGAGGACACAGGCGAGAAGAUCCAGGAGAACCACGUAUCUCUGAGCCACCAGAAAGAGACAUCCAAGCCAACCCUCUCGGACGCCAGCCUGGCCAGGACCCUGGGGACAAGCUUCCAGGAGAAAGCCAGGCCCUCCAGCCCACAGCGUCUAGAUGCCCAGAAUCUGGAGGAGAUGUACAACAGCAUGGCCAAGGGCCAGCCCCGGCCGGGCCCGGACGGCAAUGACAAAGGGCUGUUGUCUAGGGUCCCGCACCAGAGGACUGAGAUGGAGAUGGGCAGCAUCCCCGCCGCAGCCAGGGGCCGACCAGCGGACCCCGUGAUGGACAUGAAGAGCAUGUCCAGCGUGGACAGUUUCAUCACCUGCGCCACCGACUUCCCGGAGAGCUCCCGCUUCUCCCAGAGCCCCGUCGGACGGGUCAGCGCUCACCCCGGCCUGGAGACCACCAUGGAGAACGAACUCGUGGUGUCCCACGGCGCGGCGGUUCGGCGACACGCGCCGGCCGCCGAGCGCGGCGCCCUCUCCUCCACGGGCCACUCUCUCGGGGCCAAGCACAAAGGCCGGGCGGCGGGCGCGUCGGCGUCCCCCUCGGCGGGGCGGGGCGGGGAGGGUGGGGGGGCUCUGUCGGACGGCUCCUCGGCGCGGAGCCCGGAGGUGUCCGUCUACACCAGCGCCAGCAGCCGCACGCCCAGCAAGAGCCCUGAGAACCUGCCGAGGCUGGCGCCGCCACCGCCGCCACCGCCGGCGGCGUCCGCCGGCAUCUUCACGUUCCACGACGCCUCCAUCAACCUGUUCAUUGACGCCGACACCGACGACGAGGACCACCACCACCACCGCCACACCGGCGGCGGCGGCGGCGGCGGUGCGGGAGCCGGAGCCGGAGCCCCCCAUAGACUGAGCCCUAGGUCCGGCUUUCAGUCCAGCUGCCAGUGGAGGGGGGGCCACCAGGAGGGCCCUCAGAGGAGGCUGCUGGGCCAACGUAUGGCCCACGUGGAACGGCUCCCGGGGGGGGGCCCGGAGAGGCACGUGGCGGGGGAGCCGGAGCCACUUCCGGGGGAGAGGAGGAUCUCUAAUGCCUCCAAAGACAACUGAGGCAGGAGAGGACGGGGACGUGGGGGAAGCGCCAACAGUCUAAAUAAAGCACAAUGGGAAAUAGGACAGAGGAAUUCCAACACCCGCUCAGACGUUCGGACUCACGAGGAAGAUGUGUGUUUGGGUUGUUUGUGGCUCUGCGCACAAACCUCAGACGAAGUCUACUGUAUGUACUGUACAGACCAUACACGGAAGACUAUAUUAGAAUACCCUGCACAACACAAUAAAGGAAUGAACAAUUACCGUUAUUUUUUUUCAAACUGCUGGGAGCUUCUCUAGGAUGUGUUUGGAUCCCUGGAGAACAACAACAGGGUUGAAACCUAAAAGUGCAGACUCGGGGAAGAUAUUGUCUCCAGACAUAACAAUAUUUUUUAUGUAAAUUCCGCUUACACCAUGCCGUAGCUACGACAACUGGCAUGUGUUGAUAUACUAUACAUUAUCUAUAGUUUUCCUUCUAAUACUUCCUCAAAACUGGCCUUAGGAUAUUUAUUCACUUUCAUGUUUAAUUAAUUUAAUUGUAUUUGUUUGCGUUUGUGCAUGUGUGUGUGUGUGUGAGUGCGUGCAUGUGUGUGCGUUUGUGUGUGUGCAUGCGUGCGAGUGUGUGUGUGUGUGUGUACAAACAAUGGACCAUACCCAAAGUUCAGGCUUGUGUUCAUAGCUAUGGCAUUGCUCUCUCCGCCCUCUAAAUCCAUAGGCAUAAUCUUUCCUCAUGUUGAACUCCAAAUGGAUACUUAUAUACGCUUAGAAAGAAAUGACACUGUGAGCAUGUUUCCAUGUGUUGUGUUCCCGUUCUGUGCACUUACAUCAGAGGAAACUAAAAUAUGAGUAUGUCGGAUAAUGUACACAUAAAGCUAUUUGUUUUGAAUCAUUUCUUAUUUUGUCCGUUUCCAACUUGCUUUUGUGAAUCUCAAAUUGUGCGGAUUCUUUUUGGGUUCAAAAUGCACGCUUGUGGCGGUGCUCUGGGAAUGAGGAGGUUCCUCAGCUGUGUGUGUUGUCAUCACAUCCCUCACCUUGCAGGGGGCUCUCAUGUUCCUGUGGCCCACGGAUUGACCAUUGGCUUCAUUUGAAAUUACAACAAUUUCAAUUUCUCCCAUUGGAAACACAGGCUCUUUUUUUCUUUCCUCUGUUGAAUUUCCUGUACUGCAUGAGUAUUAAUAUUGUACAUGCAUCAUUUUGGAAGGAAAACAAAUCUAACAAAUAUAUUACUACACUAGUUAACGGAAAAGAUCAAAAUGUGCAAUUAUAUUUUUAACAUAUUUUCUAAAGAAGUGAGUUCUAGCUCAAUAUAUUAUGCUAAUCUUAUAGUUUUGCAUUUUCUUAUUUUUUUUUAUUUCUAAUAGUGUAGCCUAUAUUAAAGGAUCAGAUGAUCAUCUUAUAUUGUUGGCUACUGGCCACUUUCAAAUAUAGAAAGCAAUGUGAGGGAACCAAAUGUUUUAUAUAUUAAUUUAUAUAUUAAAUAAUAUGUUUAGUAAGGAUUACUAAUACACUCAUAUAAAACUGCUGAGAUUUUUAAUUCUACAGAAUAUGGUUCUCCCUCCUAUAAAGCAAUCCGUGUGGAUGGAUUAAUCAGCGGAACACUUCUUGAUGGGAAACCAAUUAGCACCAGAACAAGGAGUCAUUUUUAGCAUCGACUACAUUUAAAAACAGACCGAGAGACGUUUCACUAAGGUUUUCUGUAGACAGUGUGAGGUGGGUUGAGUCGUGGUGCACAGCGAUCGGUGAACAGAAAACAUUGUGCUAUUUGUUUACACCUCUUCAACCACUAAUUAAAUUAGAAACAAGCUGUGGCUCACAGCAGGGGGGCCCGCUCCCCCCACACCAAACAUAGCCUUCGGGAAGAGUUCACGUCCAAUAUCAAACACAGUCUUCUAAGCUACCUCCUAGCACCAUGUGUGUGUGUGUGUUUGUGUCUGUCUGUAAGCUAAAUAAGGACAUUCUCCAGGGUGACAGCCCCAUAUUUAUGGACCAUAUGCGGUUCUGCAUUGUGGUCAUCUGGUCCUGCUCUUGUGACUUUUAUGUUGUUGUUUUGCUUUUUUUUCAUGCAGAAAUUUGACAGUCCACCUAUUUCCAGUUCUAUAUUUGUUAACCUUGAACAAUAAAGGAAAAGCGAAAAGCUA